CAAAACUAAACCUCCUCCCGGCCUGAGAAGCUUCUGGCCCGCACAUUCGAACAAAGUUCGUCCAGCUCGCUCCGAUUCUCGCUUUACGCUGAACAUCAAACACUUCCAAAAAUCUAUCCGGGUACGAUGCCUCCACAACCAGGAAUGUUUGCUCUGCCAUAUGCAUCAACCCACAAGGCGCGCACAGACGUUAUUCAGCCAGACAACAUGUCCAUGACAAUUUCUUAUUCGAAUAUGCAGCCCCCUCAGGGUCCUAAUCCUUAUUAUCAUAACUCUCAUCCAACUGCAGGUCCAUCACGCGUGCAGGACGAUCCAAAACGAGAGAAAAAGAGAAAGGAUAUAUCAGGCAAAGUAGGAAAAGAGAUGUUGGACCGCAGAGACGAAGGACGACACUUCACUGAAAAUAUAUCUGCACUCCACAGCUCCGCAAUGCAGCUCGCAUCACGUCCAGAAACUCAUCCUCUGUAUAACCUUCGCUUGUAUCCCACUUCUCUUGAGCGCUCCGCCUUACUCGCCCAGCUCGCGUUUGAAGAAAAGCAUUCCUUGGAAUCAAUACAGACCGCCUACGAAGAGGAACGUGAAAGAGUCGAGGAAGAAUGGCGCAAGGGCCGUGAUCGUAUACGAGAAAGGCUCCUAGAAGGCAUAGAAGAGCGCAGACGGCGUGCAAGAGAGGAAAAAGAAGGCGAGGGAACCGUAAACGACGCAACGCUAGAUGCUCAGUCUCGGUCCCAUAUCACUCGGAAACUGCGAAACAAAGUUGGCACUUCUCCUCCUCCAACACCCCUCGCACUUCGAGGAGAGAACCUCGUCAAUGGUUCGCUUGGAAGCAAUACACCCAUUACGACUGGCCCCUUUACCAACCCCCACUCCCUCUCCGUCGACGAGCUACCUUCUCCUUUCCCUUUUCCUCUCACAGCCGUCACCCUCACUAAUCCGUCUUCGGGUGCCGGUGGUAACUCCGGCACUGGUGGCUCCAGGCGUCGUACCAAAGGUGCAGGGCUUCACUCGAGCAUGGUCGGCGUCGGUGGCCUAGGCAAGAGCAUAGCAAUGCUAGGUCCCAGCAAAGAAGCAGAUAUAGAGGCGGAUUUGAUGGAAAUUCGGAGGGGUAGCAAACGACGUAGAGCAGCAGCCGUGUCUUCUGGCAAGGUUUCGUAGGCGCAUGUUCUUUUUGAUUUUGAAAUUGUAUAAUAUCUUAUCAUCGGAAGUCGGAAGUCGGAGAUCAAUUCAGCUACCCGUUUACCCGUAAGCGGGCCGUUCUGGGUUGUAG